UGAAGCCCGAAACAUUAGCUUAAUAUCACCACCAAAGCCUUAACGUUUACUAUCUCAGUUUAUAAAUAUCACAUAGUUAAGUUUUGACGUUUGGGUUAAUAGUUUGAGCAAAAUUUUUGAUUUGUGGAUGCCAUUUUUAUAGACAUUUCGACAUCAGAUCAUUGUUAGUACUCGGCAAUUGAAAUAAUCAUAACAACCUCCACUUCAUUGACAUUCCUUUUAUAUUUGUUGUUAAUUGUUUCAUUGCCAUAGUUCGUUAUCGGACUCAAGACACAAAUAUACUGAAUAAUUAUUUCUUUCCUUAAAUUUAAUACAGUACAUUGAGAAACACUAACAUGGAUUACGAUAACUUAAGUGAAGAACAGAAGCAACAGCUUUAUUAUCAGCAUUUACAGCAGCAACAACAACAGCAACAACAGCAUCAGCAAUUUGCUGAUAUCCAACGUCAACAGCAGCAACAGCAACAGCAACAGCAUGUGCAACUCCAACAAAAGACUAUACCCAAUCUCCAAUACGAUCAUGAUGACAGUUUCAUGGAUGAAGAUACGACUCAAAUUGAAAAUCCUCCCACAUCGACAAUCCAUGAUUCAAAUUCCCCUUUAAGACAGCAACAACAAGCUCUCCAACAGCAACAACGACAUCUUCAACUGCAACAAAACCAAUUUGUUGCUGGUUCCCCACGUUUUACAAACAAUUAUUAUGAUGAUGUUCAUUUAAUCUAUAGUGAAGAUGAUGAACAACAUCAUUCAAAUAAUAAUGCGAUAAAUAUUGAUAAUAAUGGCUAUAAUAAUGGAUUAUUGAAUGAUACAGUUGUAACUCCUAGUAGUAAUAAAUUCACAUCGAUUGAUUCUUUGAAUUUCAAACCUCCAACUACAUUUACUCAAUUGAAUAAUAAUAGUAGUACAAAUUUAUCUGAAAUUAGUAAUUCGAAUAAUUCCUUAAGUAAUUCAUUACUUUCAAACCAUAGUAGUCCAAAUUUACAACAGCCUCCUACCCCAUUAGCUGGAAAUUAUGAUAGUCAUAAUUCAAGCUUAACAAAUUUGACAGCUAAUAAUACUAUUGCAAAUGCAAAUCUUGGAUUCCAACAACAGCAACAACAGAUACAGCAACAGCAGAUACAACAGCAACAGAUACAACAACAUCAGCAGCUACAGGCCCAACAACAACAGGCUCAACAGGCUCAACAGCAACAACAACAGCAACAGCAGCAGCAGCAGCAACAACAACAACAGGCUCAACAACAGUUUCAACAGAGACAAUCACAACAACAACAAUCAUAUCAGUUGGCCCCAACUAGUAACCCUUCCAACUAUGUGUAUUUCAAUAGGCAACCUAACUUAUUUUCCAAAUCUGCUCAAGACAAAGCUGCAGCCAUUAAAUUAAAAUUAGAAAAUUUUUAUCAAAUGUCUGUAUCGCAUGCUAUUGAAAGAAAUCAAAGAAGAUUAGAUUUAGAGCAUAAAUUGUUAACUGAAGAAGCAGGAUCCAGUGAAGAACGUAAAAAUCGUCAAUUAACCAAUUUAGGUAAGAAAGAAUCACAAUUUUUAAGAUUAAGAAGAACCAAAUUAUCAUUAGAAGAUUUUACAACUGUUAAAGUAAUUGGUAAAGGAGCAUUUGGUGAAGUUAGGUUGGUUCAAAAGAAAGAUACUGGUAAAAUUUAUGCUAUGAAAACUUUAUUAAAAUCAGAAAUGUAUAAAAAGGAUCAAUUAGCUCAUGUUAAAGCAGAAAGAGAUGUUUUAGCAGGCAGUGAUUCACCUUGGGUUGUUUCAUUAUAUUAUUCAUUUCAAGAUACUCAAUAUUUAUAUUUAAUUAUGGAAUUUUUACCAGGAGGAGAUUUAAUGACAAUGUUAAUUAGAUGGCAAAUCUUUACUGAAGAUAUUACAAGAUUUUAUAUGGCUGAAUGUGUAUUGGCCAUUGAAGCUAUUCAUAAAUUAGGAUUUAUUCAUCGUGAUAUUAAACCAGAUAAUAUAUUAAUUGAUAUUAGAGGUCAUAUUAAAUUAUCUGAUUUUGGUUUAUCUACUGGUUUUCAUAAGACUCAUGAUUCAAAUUAUUAUAAAAAACUUUUAGAAAAAGAACCUGCUAAUCAAGCUCCAUUACAACCAAAUCAAUUAAGUAGAAAUUCUGUUAUGGUUGAUGCAAUUCAUUUAACUAUGUCUAAUCGUCAACAAAUGCAAACAUGGAGAAAAUCAAGAAGGUUAAUGGCUUAUUCAACAGUUGGUACACCUGAUUAUAUUGCUCCAGAAAUCUUUAUUCAUCAAGGUUAUGGACAAGAAUGUGAUUGGUGGUCACUUGGAGCUAUUAUGUUUGAAUGUCUUAUUGGUUGGCCACCAUUUUGUAGUGAUUCACCUCAUGAAACUUAUAGAAAGAUUUUAAAUUGGCAAGAAACUCUUCAAAUACCUGAUGAUAUUCAUUUAAGUCCUGAAUCUGAAGAUUUAAUAAGAAGAUUACUUACUAGUAGUGAAAAUAGAUUAGGAAGAUAUGGAGGAGCGGAAGAAAUUAAACAACAUCCAUUCUUUAGAGGAGUUGAUUGGGAUACAAUUAGAAAAGUUGAUGCACCAUUUAUUCCAAAAUUAAGAUCAAUUACAGAUACUAGAUUCUUCCCAACUGAUGAAUUAGAAAAUGUUCCUGAAUCUCCAGCAUUAAGUCAAGCCAUGCAACAACGAGAAAUUGAUGCUAAGAAUGGUAAAAAGAAUGUUAAAGAAGAUUUACCAUUUAUAGGUUAUACGUAUUCUAGAUUUGAUUAUUUGACUCGUAAGAAUGCCUUAUAGAAAGGUCUAUAGAUGAUAUAUAAAACAACAGAAUUAAAUAAGUUAUUUAAUUUAUUAUUUAUACGAAACAUUUAAGAAAUCUAUUUAUUUAUAUAAUAAUAAUACUCAGUAAAUAUGUAAUUCAAAUAAAUUAAUAGUUGCAAAUCAUAGUAUAUUGCAACUAUGAUUUGCAACUAACUAUGAUUUGCAACUAUUAC